ACUGCUCCCUCGCAUCUCGAGCCGUUCGAAAUUUGAAUUCGAAAAAACCCUAAUCCAUUGUUUUCAUUUCAUUUCUUCAGACUCUCUGCUCCGCCUGCAUUAACCCUUAUCUCCUCAAGUUGAAGUGCGCACUUCCCAUUUAUCUCAGCCAUAAAAAAAAAAAAAAAUCGCAGAAAAAACCCUAAACCUCAUAUCUUCCAUCCUCAGGUUUGCCACACAAAAAAAAAAAAAAAAAAAAAAAAAAAAACCGAGAGAAAACGUACAAGAAACUAAGGCAGAGCAUUCCCAUAAAAGCAAUGGCAAAGAAGAAAGUGUCUAACUCCCACCAAGAGAAAACUCAUCAGAAGCAAGAAGAACUCGUCCAGGCCCCGCAAAAGGAUUCGAUAGCCAUGGAAAAUGAGGCCUCAGUGAAGCUCGAAAGCCUCAAGUCUCUGAAUCAGAGGCUUCUUAAAGAGGCAAUGGAGCGCCGCCAAGAGGUGGAAUCUCUCAUGCUAUCGAAAGGGUCUCUGGAAUCGGAGCUGACUGGGGCUAACUCGAAGAUGGAGAUGUUGCGGAACGAGUUGACUCAGGUGAGAGAUAAGGUUGUGCAUUUGGAACUGGAAAGAAGUGUUGUGUCUGUGUUUGUUGCUUUGCAGUUGGGUCAUCAUGCUGAGGUGUUUGAGGGGAAAACCAAGGGUUUGGAGAGUAAAAUAACGGACUUGUCCGGGGUGAUUGAGGAAAAGCAACGCAGUAUCGGGUUGUUGAAUGAGAAAUUGAGCAAGACUGUAGCAGAGUUGGAAUCUGAGCGAGAUAGUUCGAGAAGGGUUAUUGAAGAGAGGGAUGGACUGAAAGGUAAACUUGAUGUGAAAAUAGAGGAAGCCAAUGGAUUGAGGACGAAUUUGAUUGAACUUGAGGAAGGAAAAAAAGUGAUCGAGCAACAGAUAGAAAAAAUACGGGAUGAAUACAAUCGCGUCUUGGAGGAAAAACAGGAGAGGGAGAGGAAAAUCGUAGUGAUAGUGAGCGAUAGAAAUUUGUUAGAGAAGAGUUUAGUUGACUCGAAUAAGUUGAUCGAGGAUAUGAAGAAAGAAAUUCGGGAGAUUGUUAAGGAAAAACAGAGAAUUGAAGAGGAGAAAACAUUGGAAAUGGUGAAAGGAAGGGAGUUGGAGAGUGUAGUGAGUGGUCUGAACGAGAAGGUGACGAAUUUGCACGAGGAGGAGGAAAAGUUGCGUGCAAAUUUAGCUGAGUUGGAGAAGAAAUGCGCUGAAAGUGUGGAGAGGGAGAAGGAUAUGGGAAUGGAGAUUGAUGAAUUGAUGAAGAAAAAGAAGCUGAAUGAAAAGAUUUGUGAGGGACUGAUUGAAGAGAAGAAUCUUGUCGAGAAGAAUAUGAACAAAGCGUUGAAGCAAUCAAACGAGCAGAGACUUAAAAUUGACGAAUUGGUCGAUGAGAAGAUUGAGUUGGUGAAUGAUAAAGAUAGUCUUGCAAGUGAAGUAGUUUCCUUGCAAAAUAAAGUGGUUAAAUUCCAAAGUUUAGUUUUAGAAUUGGAAGUGUCUGGCCGGGAUAAGGUAGAGAAAAUUAAGAACUUAGAAUCUGAGAUAAGUGGUUAUAAGUAUGAGAUUGAGCAGAUGAAAGGUGAGCGGGACGAUCUUAGAAUGUUUUUGGACGAAGAAAACCAAAUUGCUAUGGGAUUGAAGGAGAAGAUUGAAGAAAUGGAGAAAAGAAUUGAAGAAAGCGAGAAUGCCACUGGGAAAGUGAAGGCUGAGAAUCUCACCAUACUUAAAGAAAAGAAAGAAUUGGAAAUCCAAUGUGAUGCGUUGAAGAAGUCCAUAGCCUCUCUUGAAAAAUCACUUGGUGAGGCGCAAAAUGGACUUGAUGCCAUGCAGGGUAAAGUGGAAUUGGCAGAUGCUAAUACAAGUCUGGUUAUGAAGAUGUUGAGGGACACAGCAGCUUUUUGUUCAAAGGAUGAAAGGGAUGCCGUAGAAGGUGAUUUGCUUGGUGGCAAACAGAUUAAUGGUGAAGAAAUGAAGGCGCACAUGGUGGAAUUGGAGAAGAUCAAGAAUGCUAUUGUUAUAAAAGAAACCGAAGUCGAAAACAUGAAGAGACAACUUGAAUUCCUGCAGAUUUCUGUAGCUGAAGCGCACAAGAAGAAGAGCUUUUGGACUAUAUUGUCGUCGGUUACCACCCUUUUGGCUGCAGUAUCUAUUGCUUUCGUUGCUCACGGGCAUUGAGUACUUUUAUGUAGGUUUCACUACUGAAGUCUUUAACAAAUUUUGGUGUUAAAUCUAAUUGCAUUAUGAUGCUAUUGUGAGCUAUGACUAUCUAGGUCUCGAGUUUCUUUUUUGUAAUAAGUCUCUUGAUGCUGAUAUUAUAUCAUAACAGCUGUGAUAUAAACUUCUUUAACUUUUGAUGCUAUACAAGAGAUGUAAUCGAACAAAUUCUAUUUUUUAGAA